AUGAGGAAUUCCUGGGGAAAACACUCAUUCCGCCUUGGCUUCCCGGCGUCCAACAAUGAAGCCGAAUACGAAGCGUUAAUUGCCGGACUACGACUUGCUAAAAAUAUCGGUGCCGAACACGUACACGCCUACUGCGACUCUCAACUUGUGGCUAACCAAUUUCACGGCAAAUACGAGGCCAAGAACGACCGCAUGGACGUGUACCUCAAAGUCCUUAAGGAUAUUGCUUCGGAGUUCUCAACCUUCGAGCUUACAAAGAUACCUCGUGAUGAGAAUGCAACCGCCGAUGCUUUAGCCGCUCUUGCGACUAAUUCUGAUCCCGAUCUUCAGCGAACUAUCCCAAUUGCGGCAAUUGAACGACCAAGUAUCGAGCCUGCUCUGAACUGCAACAUCAUUACACGAAGACGUGAUUACGAAGCCCAACCCAAUCUCGCUCCACCCCUGACCCGGAAGACGAAACCCAGAGAAGUCGUCACCGAUCUCGACACCAACAUGGACGAACAACCUGAUAAUAAUUACGAUCUCGAAGAUGAGUCUGAGGGUCAACACGUUCCAAUCGAUAUCAAAGCCGAAGGUGAAGAAGAGCCUGAAGAUUGGACCUUAGAAAUUGUGGGCUACAUUGGAGAUGGAACAGUCCCCGCAGAUAAAUGGGCAGCUCGGCGCCUCAAGGCGCAUGCAGCUCGGUAUGUGGUCAUUAAGGGCACUCUCCUCAGAUGGGACGCAUCCGGUGUACUCUUGACUUGUGUUCACGGCAACGACAUCAUUGAAGUAAUGCAGAAAGUUCAUGAAGGAGAAGGAGGAAAUCACUCAGGAGCUCGCACGCUGCGAGAAGUGCCAACGUCAUGGCCCGAUGAUCAACCUUCCUACCGAGCUCUUGAUGACCUCGACCGCACCAUAUCCUUUCAUGCGCUGGGCAAUGGACAUCAUCAGUCCUUUUCGCCGAUCUACGACUCAGAAGCAAUACGUUCUGGUCGUCACGGACUACUUCACCAAAUGGGUCAAAGCCGAGGCAUACCCCGAGAUUCAUGGAAUCGAUGUCAAGAAGUUCGUCUGGAAAUUUAUCAUCUGCCGACACGGAGUUCCGUACGAGAUCGUUACGGACAACGGAACCCAGUUCACUUCGAUAAUUUCACAGAUUUUUGCGCCAAGUGGAAAAUCAGACUAAGUUUCUCUACCCCGCGAUACCCACAAGGAAACGGGCAGGCCGAAGCCACGAACAAAACCAUUAUCGAUGGUCUGAAGAAGCGACUCGAUACCGCUAAGGGAACUUGGGCGGACGAACUCGAUGGUGUCUUGUGCUCUCACCGAACUACACCACUACGUUCGAUCGGUCAGUCACCAUUCUUCCUUGCAUAUGGUACAGAAGCUAUGUGUCCAGCCGAACUCAACGUCCCAAGUAUUCGCCGAACCAUGCUCACCCAGCAACCCGACGCGAAUAACGAGAUGAUGCUCGACACAAUCGACUUAGUCGAAGAACAUCGCGAACGAGCAUUACUCCAGAUACAAAAUUACCAACAACUGGCAGCUCGCUACUACAACAAGAAGGUUAAAGGCCGUCACUUUGAAGAUGGCGAUCUCGUACUUCGCAAAGUCUAUCAAAACACAGAAGAAAAAAACGCAGGUAAACUAGGCUACCGAUCAAAUAAAGUCGAGUUCAGAUUGAAUAUCGAUCUACUAUUUAAGGAAAAAUUAGAAACCAUUGAAAUAACGAAAGACAUAUCAUAA